ACAUUUAUUCCCAUCUUGUCCCAGACCCAACCAACUUGUUCCAAUCACGCCUCUCCAUUGAAGACCUGUAAAUUGGCAUAUUCUUCAUUUUCCCAUCUCUACAGUUUCUUCUUCUAUCCGCAGCUCUUAUCGAAUUGAUCAAUAUAUCAUCGCAACUUCGAUUCUAACGAGUUACAUAUGCCGAUGGACAAAAAACGGCAAAUCGCAAUAUUUACUACAGCGAGUCUGCCAUGGAUGACUGGAACUGCUGUUAAUCCUCUAUUUCGUGCUGGAUAUCUUGGAAGGGAUGGGGAGAGAAAGGUUACUUUAGUGAUUCCAUGGUUAUCCUUGAAAGAUCAAGUAUUAGUUUAUCCUAAUCAAAUCACUUUUCAAACCCCUUCUGAGCAAGAGGCUUAUGUUCGUCGGUGGCUUGAGGAGAGGACCGGGUUCUUAUCAGGAUUUAACAUAACUUUUUAUCCCGGAAAGUUUGAUAAAGAAAAAGGGAGCAUUUGGCCUGUUGGUGAUAUCACUGAAAUCAUCCCUGAUGAACAGGCGGAUAUUGCUGUCCUUGAGGAGCCUGAGCAUCUUACAUGGUAUCAUCAUGGACGGAGAUGGAAGUCCAAGUUCCGGCUAGUUAUAGGGAUCGUUCAUACCAAUUAUCUGGAAUAUGUGAAGAGAGAAAAGAACGGAAGAUUUCAAGCUUUUCUCUUGAAAUACCUAAAUAGUUGGGUUAUUCAAAUAUAUUGCCACAAGGUUAUAAGAUUGUCAGCUGCAACACAGGAUCUUCCAAAAUCCAUCAUCUGUAAUGUCCAUGGUGUCAAUCCCAAGUUCCUUGAGAUAGGAAAGAAGAAGCAAGAACAGCAGCAGCUACAAGAAAACCAAGCAUUCAGCAAAGGUGCAUACUUCAUAGGGAAGAUGGUCUGGAGCAAAGGUUACAAAGAGCUCCUUCAACUCCUCUCUAAGCACCAGAAGCAACUAACUGGACUCACAGUUGAUCUAUACGGAAGUGGAAUAGACUCUGAGAAAGUCCAAGAAAAGGCUAAGAAAUUGCAACUGCCUGUUGAAGUCUAUCCAGGGCGUGACCAUGCGGACUCCCUAUUCCACGAUUACAAGUUGUUUCUAAAUCCAAGCACAAGUGACGUGGUUUGCACGACGACUGCUGAAGCGUUGGCCAUGGGUAAAAUUGUAAUCUGUUCCAACCAUCCCUCAAAUGAAUUUUUUAUGCAAUUCCCAAACUGUCGAACUUUUAACGAUGGUGAUGGGUUUGUUAAAGAAAUUCAAAAAGCCAUGGCGGAAGUGCCCGUGCCUUUAAGUGAAGAGCAAAGGCACGAGCUUUCGUGGGAGUCUGCUACUGAGCGGUUUCUAAAAGUGGUCGACCUUGAGCAUAUUGCCUCUACUAGAAAAUUGUCGCGAUCGUCAGCGAAGUUUAUGUCGAUGUCGUUUAAGAUUCCAGACAUGAAAACGAGCAUGGAGGAUGCAUCUGCUUACAUGCACUAUACGGCAUCUGGGAUUGAAGCAGCAAGAAAAGUAUUUGGUGCAAUUCCCGGAAGCUUAGAACCUGAUGAGGAACUAUGUAAAGAGCUGGGAAUUUCUUUUCCUAUGGCAAACCGGAGUUCUUUUGGUUCGAGUUGACGACGAAGCUCAUCAGACAGAUUGUUGUUGCACAUUAUUCCUAAUUUUGUAGUUGUGAUUGUAAGCCAUAAUCUGUGAAAAUACGAUGCUGCACAUAAUCUGUUAAUUGCACGUAGAAUGUUAGACAUUGAAAGUUUAGGUUUAGGGGUAGGGACCUCAGGGUCUCAAUGUUAUUGUAAAUUAUUAUUUUAUGGAGUGUUUCUUAUUUAUAACGAGAGAACUUCACCCUUUAAUCCAAGGAACAUCAAGUCAUCAGCUGACCUUUUUUUUAA